AUGGCGGAGGGGGAGACUAAACAUCCACUCGACAACCCGCAGGGCCAAUUAGGAAGGACCCUCUUCCAUGGAAAUCCCUUGGCUGCCAUGUUGAAGGGCGAUAACGAGCUGGUUAGGAAGCACGUGUUAUCCACUCUCCGACACAGUGAUGUCCUCCAAGAACACCAGUCAGUGGACACCGCUUCUAGUUACAGUAUCGACACCCUGACAUAUUGCUAA